AUCCCCAUCAUUGGUCAGUUUGCAGCUUGAAUCCCUUGUUCGCUCGCGCGUGUCACACUAUUCACCACUAGCCAACGAUGAAUACGCCAAAUCUACGACUGGAGAACCCAGCCUAUGACAAAUUGGUCGACAAGCCGCUUCAAGACCUCAGAGAAAGCAUCGCCUACACAAUGGACUCUAUGCAAGGCACAGCGAAACAAGCCCUUGAUCGAUACAAAGACACUUUGAAGGAUGACAGCAUCAUGCUUGAUGAGGACGUGGAAAGAAUGCUAUCACAGGCCGUUGCUCGUUGUGAGAGGUCACUCACGGCAGACAUGAUGCAAAUGAGAUAUACGUUCCGCAGACAAAUCGACGAAGCCAUACAGGCGUUUACUGACGAUUUCCGCCACAAAUGGUACUUCAAGAUUGUGGACGGCCUCAACAGCGAGAUCCUCGACAUCCGCACUCGGCUCGAAGAGUCGGUUGAGAAGGACAGACAGAAGAUCCGGGAACAGGAACUGGAGUGUCAGAGAACCGAGGAGACGUUGAUCAUUGCCAGUGACUUUCUCGAGAACAGGGAUCGUCGCUGCCAAAUCCUGGAGAUUGCCUUGCGUCACCGGCUCGAGGAAGCGCAUGUCCGGGAUCCAUAUGAUGAUAAGACAGGUGGCAAGAAGAAAUCGGGUCUCUUUCGAGUCAUCUCUCACAAGAUCAAGGCAUCCUGGCUGACUCGCAGGAACCGCAAGUAA